AUGGCCGCCAUCCUCCGCACAGCGCUCUACCGUACCACCACCUCUCCCUCUGUCUUCCUUCGCUGCUCCGCCACCACCACAGUCCACGCCCGAUCCUUCUCCGCUGCCGCCCGCAGGCAGAUCGAGGCAGGUCGCUCCCAUCAGGCGUCCACUGCCCUGCAGGCGGACGUCCACCAUCGCGAAGAGGGAUCGAAGGUGGGAGUAGUAGGAGAGGAGAUGAAGGGGUCUGAGGGGCCGCACUAUCAGGACAAGGCGAUCUCGGAUACGCUCUCGAGUCACGACCAACAUGGAUCGUGGACGCUCAUGCAGCCGAUCUACACCAAAGAGGAGGUGGACUGUGUCCAGGUGGUAGGGCGGACGCCUGUUACAACGAGCGAUAAGAUUGCGCAUGGCCUGGUCAACGUACUACGCAAGACCUUUGACUUCUUCGCUCGCUACAAGCACUACGACGUCCCCGCCGAUAUCCUCGCCAUGAAGCCAAUCCCCAUCGAAAAGCUCCGAGCCGAGGGCAAGAUCUUGACCGUCAAUCAGUGGAUGACGCGGGUCAUCCUUCUCGAGAGCUUUGCGGGCUGUCCGGGGAUGGUGGCUGGAACGCUGAGGCAUCUGAGGAGUUUGAGACUAUUGAGGAGAGACGGAGGGUGGAUCCAUACCAUGUUGGAGGAAGCAGAGAACGAGCGGAUGCACCUCUUGACAUUCCUCACGGUCGCCCAGCCCACCUGGCUCACUCGAGUAAUGGUCAUGGCCGCCCAGGGAGUGAUGUACAAUAUCCUGUUCUUCUCCUACCUGGUCUCCCCUCGGACCGUCCAUCGCUUUGUCGGCGCCCUCGAGGAGGAAGCGACAAGAACCUACACUCACUGUAUCUCCGACCUGGAGAAGGGCCUCAUCCCCGAGUGGGUUGACGUCCCCGCCCCCAAGAUCGCCAUCGACUAUUGGCGUAUGGGUCCCGAAUCGACACUCCUCGACGUGAUCAAAGCGGUCAGGGCGGACGAGGCGACACACCGGUUCGUCAACCAUAGCCUGGCCAAUCUGGAUCAAGCACGCGACUUCAACCCCUUCGCGCUGGGCGAGCCGAGCGCCGAGCUGAGAGGGACCACAGCAGAAUUCACAAGAGCUCAGUCGGCCGACUUUGCGAGGAGAGCGCAGCAGCAGGUGGUGGAGCAACAGCAGCAGGCGAGGAUCGAGCACGCGGGACAAUAG